UGCAAAUUAAUUUAGUAGGCGAGCAGCAUGGAGUUCAAUGCCAUUCUCUCUAACCUUCUCUCCGAAGACAACACGACAAGAAAGACCGCCGAGGAGCAACUAAACACGCUCAGCCUAUCAGCCAAGCUCCCUUAUCUUGUAUCGACCAUGGGCAACGCAGGAGUAGCCAUCUCGAGUCGAGACCUAGCAGCUGUACUCCUUCGCAGAGCACUCUUACAAUCUCCUGAUGAGCUGUCUCAGGUUGAUCCAACCGUCACUGCAUCCUGUCGGUCUCAGCUACUACAGAUCAUCCAGUCGGAGUCAAACACUAGCCUAAGACAUAAAAUAUGCGACACGAUUGCUGAGCUGGCUCGGGCGUCCAUCGAUGAGAAUGAUGUCAAUCACUGGCCGCAGUUAUUGACGUUCUUGUUUGAAUGCUGUGAUACAACAAAACCUGAAUUAUAUCAGAAUGCUUUACACAUCAUAAGGGUAGUUCCGGCUGUAUUUGGCGUCCAGCUAAAUUCAGUGUUGGAGCUUGUGUCUCAAAUGUUCUACCAAGCAAUGAUAUCCUCUCACCAGGCACUGGCAGAGGAAGCCGUGACUGCUACCAGCUCCUUCAUUAUUUCACUUGAAGUCCCUGGAGUGAGACAAAGAAUGAACGAUCUCCUUCCUCACAUGAUAUCUGUCUUAGAACAGAAUAUUCAGUCUCAGUCUGAUGAUACUGUAUUGAAAUCAUUCAUUGAUCUUGCUGAGCACCGCCCAAAGUUCCUACGCCCAGAACUGGUUAAACUGCUAGAGUUAAUGGCAAAGUUAAUGCAGGCAGAGGUUGAAGAUAAUUGGAAACAGCUGUCACUUGAAUUUGUUGUUACUUUUGCUGAGAAUGGUGCUGCCAUGUUAAGAAAACUUGACAAAUUUCAUUCUCUCAUCAUUGAGCUCUGCCUUAAUUUCAUGGUACAGAUCGAAGAUGAUGAUGAUUGGAAUACAGCUGAUGAGUUGGCCAAUGAUGACGACUCCUCCAGUAUGACUGUGUCUGGUGAGACUGCUCUUGAUAGGCUAGCAAAUGCUUUGGGUGGGAAAGCUGUUCUGCCUCAUAUCAUUUCGAUUAUCCCAAAAAUGCUAACAUCAGCUGACUGGAAGCAUAGAUAUGGCGCCUUGAUGGCUGUCUCUGCAAUAGCUGAAGGUUGUGAGAAGCAAAUGACGCCGAUAUUGAACGAUGUCAUCACUUGUGUCCUGCCGUAUUGCCAGGACUCGCAUCCACGAGUUCGCUAUGCUGCCUGUAAUGCCCUUGGACAAAUGUCUUCAGACUUUUCUCCAACGAUACAAGAGAAGUUUCAUGACAAAAUAAUCCCGUCCUUACUCCCGAUACUGGAUGAUUUUAAGAACCCUAGGGUACUCACUCACGCCGGAGCUGCUCUUGUUAAUUUCUGUGAAUUAUGUCCCAAAUCUGUUCUCUCCAACUACCUCAGUGCCAUAAUACCUAAACUUGAAGCUUCUUUUAAAUUUGGACUCUCUGAGCUUGUGGAUAAAGGUCGUAAGAUUAUCAUUGAACAAAUGGUGACAACACUAGCCACUGUAGCUGAUGCAGCCGAGGAACUAUUUGCUCCAUACUAUCCUCUCUUUAUGCCAAACCUCAAGCACUUAAUGUCCAACGCUGUCAACAAAGAGCAUCGUCUAUUGAGAGGGAAAACAAUCGAAUGCAUUAGCUUUAUUGGUCUUGCAGUCGGAAAGGAAAUGUUCAUGCAAGACGCUCACGAGAUAUUGGAUUGUCUUUUUAAAGUUCAAUCAGAGCAAAAUACAUGGGAACCAGAUGAUCCUCAGGCGUCAUAUAUGAUCAGUGCUUGGGCUAGGAUAUGUAAGAUUAUUGGCCCUGAGUUUGUGGCUUAUCUGCCAUUCGUUGUGCAACCACUGAUACAAGCAGCUAGCAUAAAACCUGAAAUCGCCAUUGUUGAUUCCAUAGAUGCUGAACAGAAUUACAGCGAAGAUGAUGGCUGGGAAUUCAUCACAUUAGCAGAUCAACAAAAGUUUGGUAUAAAGACAGCUGGACUGGAUGACAAGUGUACUGCAAUGCAAAUGCUUGUUGUGUACGCUAAAGACCUAAAGGAAGGAUUCAUUGAUUAUGCCGAGCCUGUGUCAAAGAUAAUGGUCCCUCAUCUCAGGUUUUACUUUCAUGAGCUGGUGAGGGCAGCAGCUGCUGAGAUUAUCCCUCACUUAUUAGAAUGCAUCCAAUCAAAAGGUCCUGAUGCGGUGGCUGCAAUGUGGAGUUACAUAUCUGAGAAACUUCUAGAAGCGAUUCCUCUGGAGCCGGAUUCUGAGAUAACAGGAAUAAUGAUUAGCUCAUUAUGCAAAUGUAUUGAGUUGCUUGGCUUGAACUGCUUCACAACUGAGCAGUAUACAAAGAUAGUUGAUAUCAUUAACGAUCAGAUUGAGACUUGUUUCCUCAAACUAAAGAAGAGACACGAUAAGAGACUCGACGAGGAUUACGACGAAGAAGUUGAGGAUGAGCUUGAAGCUGAAGAUGAGGAAGAUGACAAUAUAAUGAGAAAGAUAGCUGAUCUAAUGCACUCACUGUUCAUGACACAUGGCUCUGCUUUGCUUCCUUUCUUUGAUCAGCUCCUACCAACAUUCACCAAUAUGCUCUCAUCAGACAAGCCCUCCUCGUAUAGACAAUGGUCAUUAUGUGUCUUUGAUGAUCUGUUGGACUUUGCCAGUGAAAGUGCUAUAAAGUAUCAGAGUCAUUUCCUUCAGCCAAUGCUUGACUCUAUAUGCAACCAUUAUCCUCCUACCCGACAAGCAGCAGCCUAUGGCAUUGGUAUAAUGGCUGUUAACUGUAGCAAGGACUUCAUAAAUGUGUUUGAAGGUGCUCUGUCAUCACUCAUUGUGUCAGUGCAGGGAGCCACUGAAGUAGACAUGCCUACCAUUCAUGCUAAAGACAAUGCUAUUUCUGCUGUUGCCAAGAUAUGCCGUCACAUUGAUGGUAUUGCUCUGGAUACUGUGCUUCCUCUCUGGCUCUCAUGGCUACCUGUGGUGGAAGACAAAGAGGAGGCCUCUCACGUUUAUACAUACCUCUGUGAUCUAAUUGAGAGGAACAAUGCUAGUAUUCUUGGAGCAAACAACGAAAACGUUCCAAAGAUAUUAGGAAUAAUUGGAGACGUCAUUUCUGAGGAAGUUCUCACUAAUAACGACCUUGUCCUUCAAAGAUUGCUGGCCAUUGCUCGACACGUACAGGCCAGUGAUGUUUGGGAUUCUUGUUUGCAGUAUUUAUCUAAAAGACAGCAAGUUGCUCUGACUAAUGCUCUUCGGUAAAUUGGUACAGUUUCGUGACUCAUCCCAUUCAGAUGACUCUUCACUUUAUUGUCAAUUCGUUCCAGCAAUGACUUCAUCUUUGCUUUUUAUUUUAUUAAAUAAUUAUUAAUUUUUUUGGAUUUUAA